AUGGAAACGGCAGCGGCGUACAACCUUCAACAGAAUUGUAAAGAUAAGUUGGUUGAAAAGCGAGGCGCGAGUAAUGAUGAGGAAGGGGUUGGGCGAAAGAUUACGGAAGAUGAAAAUGAUAGGAGCAAGAGACAAAAGGCCCCUCCGCGGUAUAACUUCACAAGGUACUGCUAUCGACAUAAUCCGGAUAUUUGGGCAUCGUCGAGCCAUGGGCAGUGUGUUCAGCGGGAUCAGCAGCAGCAGCGGGAAUGGGAGAAGAAAGUUGCGGAACUUCCGUAUGCAAAGGAUCGACAGUUGGUGAAGCAAACCGUAGCGGAAUUUGAAUCGGGGACUGGGCAGUUGCGGAAUCUGAUGUUGGAAGGGAUAUUGUUAAAGAUUUGUUUUCCGCAACUGUCGUUUUUGUCUUCGCAGGUACAACGGUUGAUUAAGAUCGAUUUCAUUUCUGUGCUUCCGAAGGAAGUGUCGUUAAAAAUUCUGGGAUAUUUGGAUUGUCAAUCUUUGUGUUCUGCUGCAGCUGUAUGUAAGCGAUGGAAAGAUCUGGCGGAUGAUGAUAGUGUGUGGUAUCAUAUGUGUGAGCAACAUAUUGAUCGUAAAUGUCCGAAUUGCGGAUGGGGGCUGCCGUUACUACAUAUGAAGCGUGCACGGUAUAUUGAAGCUGGAGAAGGGGCAUUAUCAUGUAAGGGACAGACUUGUGCUAAAAGUUCAUUGGCAAAAAUGAGGCCAUGGAAGGUGGUUUACAGAGAACGGUUUAAAGUGGAAAGUAACUGGCGGAAGGGCGUUUAUAAGGUACAAGAAUUUAUGGGGCACAUGGAUGGAGUUCUGUCCCUUCAAUUCACGCAUUCAUUAUUGUUCACUGGGUCAUAUGAUUCCACUGUGGCUAUUUGGGAUUUAUGCAGUGGGAAAUUGCUUAGGAGACUCACAGGGCAUACUGAUGGUGUUAAAUGUGUACGUUUCGAUGAUCAGAAGCUUAUUACAGGCUCUUUGGAUAAGACAAUUCGUGUUUGGAACUACGUGACUGGUAAAUGCGUGUCGACUUAUCGGGGGCACCAAGACUCGGUACUAUCGGUGGAUUCCUUUAGAAAAAUUAUAGUUUCUGGAUCAGCAGACAAAACAGUCAAAGUAUGGCAUGUAGAAUCACGAACAUGUUAUACUUUACGUGGCCAUACAAAGUGGAUCAAUUGCGUAAAGCUACAUCCAAAAAGCUUUACAUGCUUCAGCGGCAGUGAUGAUACAACUAUUCGUAUGUGGGAUAUCAGGACGAACACUUGCAUCAAGAUAUUCCGCGGUCAUGUAGGGCAGGUCCAAAAGGUUAUUCCGUUAAAUUUAGUCGAUGAAAAUCUAGUACAGGAUGCAGAGGAUGCCACAGUUAUAUCCGAUGUGGAAAACACAGACGUAGAAGACCCAACUGUGAAUCCCGAAAAUUGGGAUGAUUCACUACCAUACCCUAACUACCUACUCAGCUGCUCUCUAGAUAACACCAUUAAGCUGUGGGAUGUGAAGACCAGCAAAUGCAUACGCACGCAGUUCGGCCAUGUAGAAGGUGUAUGGGACAUUGCGGCUGAUAAUUUCCGCAUCGUAAGUGGCUCACAUGAUAGAACUUGCAAGGUGUGGGAUCUGCAAACUGGCAAAUGUAUGCAUACCUUCACGGGCAACCAAGCUCCCAUAGCUUGCGUAGGAAUCGGUGACAGUGAAUUCGUCAGUGGCGAUGAAUUAGGCUGUGUGAAACUAUAUGCCUUCGACAACUUACUAUAA